UCACAUAGGAACGGUAGGCCAGUGCCAGGCACACACGCAAACAGAGUAGAAGCCAAGUUUAUUCCUUCCCUCCCAAGAGAAUGCUAAGCUAUUCAAAAUUGUGGCUUUGUUUAUUGAUUACGCUAGGAUGCAGCUAUCGAACGGCGGUAGAUGCCCAAGUCUACUCACUGGGCUCUUGUCCAGGCGUCAACGUCGUAUCCAACUUUGAUGUCGAUAAAUACACGGGCAAGUGGUACGAGAACCGCAAUUACUUUGCCAUCUUCCAAGCUGGCCUAGAUUGCGUAACGGCCGAAUAUACCAAGAGCGAUACGGGAGUAACAGUUAAAAACGAAGGAAUAAGAAAAAUUUUUCGAACUAAAUCAAUCGUAACUGGAACAGCUCGUCAACUGGAAGCUCCAAACGGCAAACUCGGAGUAACAUUUGCCAGCAUUCCUUUUGCCCCGGUGGACUCACCUUACUGGGUUUUGGGCACAGACUACACUUCCUAUUCAGUAGUAUGGAGCUGUACCAACAGAGGAAUAUUCAACUCACAAAUUGCGUGGAUUCUGACCCGUGACCAGUUCCCUUCGACGAACACAAUCAACACGGCACUAGCCGUUUUGGCAGCGAAUGGCAUCAGCCAGAAUCCACUGAAGACAACGACUCAAAAUAAUUGCUGAUAAACCAUAGCAAAUUUCGUUCCCAACUUCAACAAUCAAAACUUUGAGCCUUGGUUUUCUAAUUUAUUCGUUUCUUAUUUAAACAUGACUUAUUUAGGUAUAGUGCAUAAUCUUCAAAAAUUCGAUUUGCUUUUGUAAAAAUAAAAUAAAAUAAAGUCGAAAAUCAGUUACACAUAA